GUAAUUUCGCAACUGUUCAAGAUCGAACAAGAUGGCCGCGCGCGGUAAGCUCGGCACGCGCAACAGUGUGAUCCUGGAUAUUCCAGCAGCGCUGGCCUCGUCGUCGUACGGCAGCCACAAUAGCUCCGAAGUGUGCUUCUCCGAGUACUACUACACUUUGGUGUUUCCCAACACGCCGCACGACUUAACUGACGUCGCGGGCGAGCGCAUUUCGUUUGCACAAGCCAAAGCCAUCAUUCGGGAAGUAACAUGUGGAGGCGAAGCCAACAAGACUCAUGCUGUGAACGAAUUCAUCCAAGCUUGGGUGGAAAAGUUCCGGUCCGUGUCUCCCAUCGACGUCGACACGAUCCCCGUGGGGUACUUUCGCGAAUUGAUGCGCAACAUUGUGAUUCAGCGGCUCGAGUCCAUCCCUGGUCUGUCGUUAGUCACGUUCACAUCGUCGUCGAGUUCUGAAACCAAAGGAAACCUCGUGGAACCCCCUAAGGAGUCCAACAAUGACGCAGAGUACAUUUACUGUUUGAUUCGAGUGAGUCGCGACCUGCUGUUCCAGCAAGCGGAUCUCCACAACCUGCUCGUACCAAUCUGGCCCGAAGUUGAUCCUGGCAGCGAGUAUUGGGACAUUCACGGACCUGAAACGGUGUGGACCGUCGACGACGCCGAGCGAGAACUCAACCGCAUGUUCCUUCAAGGGGAAACCCAAGCCGACGAGGCGCAGCUGUUUGACGACGAGUCCCCUGCGAUGGUGUCACGCCGCAUCCACGCCAUCCAGCGCAUUGCCGACCGGUCGAUCCAGCCGUGCUACCAUCCGUCGCCGCACUUGUACUUUCCCUUUCGCAACCACCCAGCGUACCAGUACCUGUAUCGACACCUCGAAAGCAGCUGCCAAGCCAACAUGCCAUUUCGCAUUGUGGACAAGAUCCGCGUCACCAAGGGGCUGAUUGACGGCGAGUUCAACUGUGACUUGCUGCGAAAGCACAACUUUCUCGUCCAUCACAUGUGCGUGCACUCUCGAGACCCGAGCGACGAAGACGAAGUCACGCUGGACAUGCUGUGCGAUCAGUGGGGCAGCCUUACGUCCUUCUGGCACGCAUGGAGCCACGGCCAUUGCCGCCAUCUUCUCGGCGUGCUGUACUACCAACCCAUUGACCUCAUUCGGCACUACUUUGGCGAGCAACUAGCACUCUACUUUGCGUUUCUGUCGUUUUAUGCCGCCCAGAUGGUGCCCCUGGUCGCAUUGGGGCUUGCGGCCCCGCUCAUGAAGUUUGUACUGCGCGCUUCGCACCUCGUGUACUACAACACGGGUCUUGCCGUGUUCAACUGCCUGUACGCCGCACGACUGUUGCGCAAGUGGAAAGUCCAGCAGCGCUGGUAUGCGUGUAUAUGGGGCAUGGAGGAAGUCGUGUUUGACAACUCUGUGCGCGCGGAAUAUGUCGGUUCGAUCCGCAUAAGCCCCAUCAACAACCUGCCAGAAAUACACGCGCCCGCGUCCACCCAAGGGAUUCGGCGCCUCCAGAGCUCAACGUUGCUGUGGAUGGCUAUUGCGAUCGACGGCGCCCUGAUUUACGGCGUAUUUGCCCUGCAACAUUACGUCGAAGCCCAAUGGACCAGCCAUUCCAUGUCUGUGUACUCGUACAUUGCAAUUGCGUUUAUAAUCAACUUGUCGCAGUCCCCGUUUCACGCGGUCGUUGUGUACUUGAAUGAGUGGGAAAACCAUCGCACGACCAACCAGUACGACGUGGCCCUCACCGUCAAAUUCUCGACAUUUCAAACGCUCAACUACUUUGGGCCGAUUUUGUUCUCCAUGUUCUUCAAGCCGUACUUGUUUGGAUGCAACAGUACCAAACUGCCAUCGCUGGACGCCGCGGCCUGUGCCACCGAGACGGCUAACCUCCUCCUCGUGGUACUCCUCUUCAACUUUCUCCUGUCCAUGCGGGACAUUGCCGGCCCACUGGUCGACUCCAUAUCACAUGCCGUACGUACGCGGUACCAGUACGCUACCCGCCUCCAAUCUACCUACGUUCCUCCAACGCUGGACGCCGAAGUGCAAUUGGAAGCAUACGACGGUGUGCUUUUUGACUAUGCGCAGAUUGCCAUUACAUUCGGGUACGUGUCGUGGUUUGCCGCUGCGUCGCCCCAAGCUGCGAUCGUAGCGUUUGCCAUUACAUUGGUCCAGAUUCGCGUGGAUGCGUACAAGCUGUGUUUUUGGAUGCAGCGGCCGUUUCCAGUGGCGACGGCCACGAUUGGCGGAUGGACGAUCUACUUCAACAUGAUUUGUUUGGGCGGUGUGGUCGUGAACGCCGCGACGGUCGUCCUCGCGGAAAUGCUGACUCAUCAAGCGCAUAUGAAAUGGGAGGCGAUCCCGACCAAGAAUUGGCUCAGCCACUUGUUUUCCCUUACAAUUCUCAUGGCUGUGCUGUAUGCAUUGGCGCUGACUAUGACCAUCUACGAUACCGACGACAGGUCUAAGUUGCACCACAUUAAGAGCUUGCAAACUCGCCAAGAGUACCUCCGCAACGUAUACCUGUACCAGCUGACCAAAUCCACAUCCAGUCGCGAACGCCCCCGCGGGGGUAUCUACCUCAACGGGGUGUACCGGUACAUUAUCAGCGGGGACGUAGACGAUGGCGACCAAGUGGACGAGUUGCGGGAUGAACUGCACGUGUUGGAGCGCGCGAUUCGUCUGGAGCGGCCGGACGAGUCGGAAACCAUCGGGACGUUCCAUGUGGUUGUAGUGGGUGCCAACAUCCUGCCUGUGAUGGAUCGCUCUACGAAGGCGCUGGACGGGUUUGUCAAGGUCAAGCUCAAGCUGGGCGACAAGGUCCUGCCGUCCAAACACAAGACGGCUGUGAAGCGCAAGACCCGGAGUCCUGUGUGGAACGCCGCGUUCGAGUUCAAGAUUGUGAGCUUGGAUACGUUGGUGCACUUGGAAGUGAUGGACUGGAACAUGGUCGGCAAGAGCGACCACGUCGGGCUCGCGACGAUGCCUGUGACAAGUGUACUGCCUACAUCCACCGACUUUGCCGAUGCUGACAUUGACGGGACAUGCGAUAUGGUGGCGGUGGACAUCCCCGUGGACUUAGCGGACGGACUGCUUGAGUCGAUGGCCAAGGACAUUCCAAAGUUUGGCCGACCGGUGCUGCACGUGAGCAUGGGCGUCAAACUCAACGCGCAAGGUUGCGUGCAUUUGCGCCACCACAACCGAAAGCGACGCGUCCAGGCGAUUCUCCAGGACAUGCAAACGUACUUGGUGUGGAAAUCCGACGACGAGUAACCAACACAAGGACCAAGACUAUAUCGAAUAUAAAUAAGAUAUGAAAAAUUAGGUAGUUUUGGAGGUCUAGACACUGAGAGUGGACGUGGUGGUGUGGGGCAAAGUCGUCGUAGCACACCCCGUGUCGGGCGAAGUGGCUUCAAGUGGCAGCCGCCGUUGCAAGUAGAGCAAACAGAGCACGGGAAACACGGUCGGCACGAGUUCAGACCAUACUUCGAACGGCAGCAGCGGCAUGUCUGCAAACCCAGACACACCGAACGCCGCCAAGACCUUGAACAGCAGCCGAAUCCAAGUCGUGCCCGUGAUCACGCCCACUGACAGCACCAGCUUGACCAUGGAUCGGUUAAAGUCCUGCUCCGACACAAACCGCUGCGACUGCAGCAGCCGCGUCCGAAUCUUGAGCCCUUGCACGAUCAACAAGAUGGUCGUGGCCAAGUACAUCGUGCAGCCUACGACCACCAAACCCGAGCGGAGCGGGCUGUCACGGAACGCAUCUCCUCCUACGGACGUGUCUGGGUACGACACAAUGCUGAUGCACGUGACCACGGCCCAAGCGAAAACACUGACGUUCACGACGAUCACGACGUUGCGGAGGCUACAGGGACCACUUGCUUGUGGCCCCAUGCCGAUGUUCUGGCCGGUGGCGGCGACGCCAGCCCAUUCGACACACACGUACGAGAGCGCCAAGUUGAGCAGAAGCAUCGCGUACAAGGACGUGACAUACGUGAGGAUCCAGGACUCAGUUGUGGGCAUCCAAAUGUACGCCGCGGACUUGGGCAUGCUGAAUACGAUGACCUUGAGGAGCACGACAUGGAAGAGAACUCGAGCAGUGCCGCUGUUGUGGCGGAUAUGGAGGUAGAUGCGGGAGGCUGUCGCGAGGCCGAGAAUGGAGUACAUCGCUAGACAGAGGAUGCCUGUGACCUGGAAGUCUGUUACAGACGUCGCGUACUUCAUCACUGCUCAAAUUCUCGAUUUGGGAAGCACGAUCGAUGCAGAUCAAGGAAGCCAGUGCAAUAUUGAUC